UUCUCAGACAGAGCUCCAUGUGAUCACGUAUAGGCAGCCUGGCUGAGGCUGAUGCCGUGCCGCAAGCGGUAGGUAAUGAGUCUUUGUGCGAGCGAAGCUCUUGUCUCGGAACAAUAAAGCAUAUGGUACCAGCAAUAAAACACGGGGCUGGGAAAUGUGAGAAGAUACCACUGAACCAGGAAGAACGGCGCCUUCCGUGAUGCUGACACGUACUGUAAAAGGAUAAUCAAUUUAUUUUGGAUUCUAAUGAAUAAAGACUGCCGGGACUGGACUACAGCUGUUUUAACAGGUACAUGUGACAACAUCGCAGCUAUGAGUGGAAUUUUAAAGAGGAAGUUCGAAGAUGUGGACGCCUCCUCACCCUGCUCCUCUCCUCGGGAAUCAGAUGAUGAAGUCUCCAGUAGUGAAAGUGCUGACAGCGGGGAUAGCGUCAAUCCAUCCGCCUCGAAUCACUUCACACCUUCCUCCAUCCUCAAGAGGGAGAAACGGCUGAGGACGAAGAAUGUGCACUUCAGUUGUGUCACUGUGUACUACUUCACCAGGAGGCAGGGCUUCACCAGUGUGCCCAGCCAGGGUGGCAGCACUCUGGGGAUGUCCAGCCGUCACAACAGCGUGCGCCAGUACACCCUGGGAGAGUUUGCAAGAGAGCAGGAGAGGCUGCACCGGGAGAUGCUGAGAGAACAUCUCAGGGAGGAGAAGCUCAACUCUCUAAAACUAAAGAUGACUAAGAAUGGCACCGUAGAAUCCGAGGAAGCAAGCACUCUGACCGUGGAUGACAUUUCCGAUGACGAUAUUGAUUUAGACAACACAGAAGUAGAUGAAUACUUCUUCCUACAACCCCUGCCCACAAAAAAGCGGAGAGCUCUGCUGCGAGCCUCAGGGGUGAAGAAGAUCGACGUUGAGGAAAAGCACGAGCUGCGGGCCAUCCGCCUGUCUCGGGAGGACUGUGGCUGUGACUGCAGGGUGUUCUGUGAUCCAGAAACGUGUACCUGCAGCCUGGCAGGCAUUAAAUGUCAGGUGGAUCGUAUGUCUUUCCCUUGUGGCUGCACUAAAGAAGGCUGUAGUAACACAGCAGGUAGAAUUGAAUUUAAUCCUAUCCGUGUCCGGACUCAUUUUUUGCACACAAUAAUGAAGCUUGAACUGGAGAAGAACCGAGAGCAGCAAACCCCGACUCUGAACGGCUGCCACGGAGAGAUAAGCGCCCACGGUCCUUCCAUGGGUCCUGUCGCUCACUCCGUAGAAUAUUCCAUCGCAGACAAUUUCGAGAUUGAAACCGAGCCCCAGGCUGCCGUGCUGCACCUGCAGGACGAACUGGAUUGCCAAGGAGACGAGGAGGAAGAGGAGGAGGAUGGAAGCAGUUUCUGCAGUGGAGCCACUGACUCUAGCACCCAAAGCCUGGCUCCCAGUGAAUCGGAUGAGGAAGAGGAGGAGGAGGAGGAAGAAGAGGAAGAGGAGGAGGAAGAUGAUGACGACGACAAGGGAGCCGGCUUUGUAGAAGGACUCGGAGCCCACACUGAAGUGGUCCCCCUUCCUUCCGUCCUGUGUUAUUCCGAUGGCACAGCGGUUCAUGAAAGCCACACGAAAAAUGCAUCAUUUUAUGCUAGCUCGUCAACUCUGUACUACCAAAUAGAUAGUCACAUCCCAGGAACUCCUAGCCAGCUCUCUGACAACUAUUCUGAAAGAGAUGCUGUCAAAAACGGUGCCCUUUCGCUGGUGCCUUACGCCAUGACCCCCGAGCGAUUUGUUGACUAUGCCAGGCAAGCGGAAGAGGCCUAUGGGGCCUCCCACUACCCAGCUGCCAAUCCGUCUGUCAUCGUUUGCUGCCCCACCUCUGAAAACGAUAGUGGGGUGCCCUGUAACCCCUUAUAUCCUGACCACAGGUCCAAUCUUCCCCAAGUGGAGUUUCACUCAUACUUGAAAAGCCCUUCCCAGGAAGGGUUCGUCUCCACAUUGAAUGGCGACAGCCACAUUUCAGAGCAUCCUGCAGAAAAUCCUUUGAGCCUUGCGGAAAAGAGCAGAUUGCAUGAAGAGUGCAUUCAGUCCCCCGUGGUGGAAACGGUCCCCGUUUAGUUGCUUAAAUUAUUCUAUUAUAGGACCAAGUCUUCUAUUUAAAGUCACUGUAUUGCCUAUACUGGGCUCAUCGUUGUUUAAAACUGAAGACCAAGAAUAUGUGGACUGUGAUUAAUCUUCCAGACAGUAUUUCCUUCCUUCCUUUCUAGCUUCCCAACUGUGGCGUGGCACAAAUACAGUCGCUAUGGGGAUUUUAAACGAUUUUGAACUGUUUUGAUAGAAAAUGCUAAAUUUAAAAAAAAAUGCAUAUCUCACAGUUGCCUACCUGUCAAACUGUGUGAAACCUGCCAAGCUAUGCAGAUCAUAGCUCCAAGUUUUAGAUUAUCGGGCCUGUGCAAGAUUGUUAACUAAGACUAGAAAACAAGCAGAUUUAGAGUCCUAAUUUUUCGAUAUAUCUGAAGAUGAUGGUGACUUUUUAAUGUAAAAGUAAUUAUUGUAAGAAAAAAAAAGAUUGAAUCGUUUCUUGUGUAUUUUAUUUAUGGUAGUUUAGAAGUCAUGCUUUGAAAAAAAAUGAACAGCAUGUUCAUUGAAGCUGAAGACGUGUUAGCUAGCACCACAGAGCAUGCCCAGAAGAUUGCGUCUGGGAUCCACCCACAUUUUUACGAUCAUGACUGAGCAGAUUUGCAAAUACUUUCUUAAGGAUGAAAUAGGCCUAUUUUUGCUAUGCGGGACAAAUGAGUCUAUAUGUGCAGGUCCUUAUGCAGUUUUCUCUCAAGUUAAGAGUUAGGACAAUCCUCUGGUGAGGGUCUAAGUCCUCCGCUCUUCCUCAGCUGAGAUAGACGGAAUUGCCUUUCGUUUUCAAACAGCGUCAUCUUGUUUAUUAGCUUGGACAGCACCUUUAAACUCUACUCUUUCCAUCAAAAUGCACUUUAGUGCCCCUUCAUGGUACCUCUUGUGGGAUGGGGUCUCAGAAUGCUUUGAAAUGUUUCUUUUUAAUUAUUUUUUAAAAAAAGUAACUAUUGUAAGGGUCAUACAAUAGAGAGGAUUCUUCCAAUGAUAUGAAGGAAAAUGACUUGUUUCUUGUUUUCCUUCACCACACCUUGGAUCUAAUUCAGUCCUAACAGAGAGAAGGUGGGGUGGGGGUGGGGCAGAGCCUCAGCACCCCAUCUACACCUCAGUCAACUGAUCAACCCGUCUCUACAAAUGCAAAAAAAAAAACGUGUAUUGAGAUUUCCAUUUAAUGACUAGCUGAUUGAAGGCAGGCCUGGGCUCACAUACGCAUGAGGCCCCCCUUUUCUGAAGCAUUUUUAUCUGUCUUGCCUGGGAUAGUCAGCAGCACUGCCCAGAAUGCACUGCGAAGGCAGCCACCUCACAUUCUCUUCCUUAGUAAAGAGAAUGGAUAGAAAGGAAACAUGCCCCGCCCGCCUCUAGAUGCCUGCUUCGAGCCUGAGCCUCGGAGAACUUUGAGCAACUUCUUUCCUAUCAGCUUAAGCUGCUAUAGAACAAACGUUACGGUUUCCCCUAAUCAUUCCGUUGAAUCCGUUUCCCUGCUUUGACAUCGUAUUGUGACGUCACUUCUCAUUCUUCAUGGCUGUUUAAAAUGUAGAUGCACCCUCUUAUGUAGCAACUGUAUCUCUAAUUUGUUUAAUGCCUCCUUCAUGUUGGCAUUUGAAUAACUCUCAGAUUUCAGUUCCUUACAGCAGACUAUUUGAUUUAACCAUGCUUGAAUGCGUUUCAGAGUCCUCUGGUGAGAAGUGUCUAUUUAAACUCGAUGUGAGGGAAGUAUGUUAUGUUCACUUGUGGAGCUGUUCUUUCUCUGUGCCACCUCAAGACUAUAUCAACAUUAAUUUUUACUAACAUUAAAAGGACUUUAGGUUUGUCAUGCUACAGAAAGCAGUAAUGAGGGCUAACUACUCCUUUUGGUUGCUGGCUGGGGCUAAUCUGAUGGGAAUUUACUCAGACUGAGGUAACAAGCCCAGAGUUCUCAGCAGCGUUGGUUUCCAUUAUUAGCAUUUGAUUUCCAGUUAUACUGCCUCCUGCCUAUGCAAUCUAAAGGGCAGGGGCUCAAAGAAGAAAUGACAAAAGGCUAUUGUUCCUUCAUUCAAGCAAAUGAAAGACUUCUGUGUUCUGUAUUUGCUGGCCCACUCCAUCCUCUAGAAGUAUCUACUGGUGAGCCACUCGCAGGCUAUUCUGAGAGCAGAGUGUGGGGAGGCCCAGAGUAACUGUGACGAGGGUAGUGGUGAGUGACAGUCCACUUCCUGGAUCCUCAGAGAUGUUUCUUUCCAGUCUAGCUUAAUUUUGACAAGGUAUGAAGCAUUUUUUUAUAUAUAUAUUUCACCGGG